AUGCCCACCACCGACGACGUGGCGGCCCCCAUGCUGCCCUCAAAGCAUUCUGCCGAGUCGAAAGCGCCAUCGUCGUCAUCGAAACGUAAACCAGGUCCCAAGUUAUGGGCAGGUCUGAAAGAACACUCUCGCGUGUCAGUUUACUGUCUUGCUCUCACCUCAGCAAUUCUGCUUUGGGGUUAUGACAUGGCCAUGACUGGAAAUUUGUACGGAAUGGAUGAGUUCAAGAAAGACUAUGGUGAAUUUAAUGAGGCUAAGGACGAAUUCACCAUUCCUUCAAAGUGGCUGAGCGUGUGGAAUGCGUUGUCUCCAUUAGGAACGAUGAUGGGCUCAGUUGUUGGUGGAUGGCUCCAAGACAGAUUCGGCCGCCGUCUAUCACUUGGACUCGGGAGCCUGACUUCAGCUCUGGGUGUCGCAGUUGUCUUUUUGUCGGCCUAUGUGAGCAGUAAUAACCAGCUAGUCUUUGGCAUUGGCAAGUUCACGCAAGGCCUGACCAUCGGUGUGGUCGUGACCACAACACAAACCUACAUUUCCGAAGUCCUUCCAUCGACACUUCGUGGACCGCUCCUCGCCUUCUUCCCGAUUUUCUUUCUCAUCGGUCAACUUGUUAGUGCUAUCAUCGUGUUGAGUCUGCAGAAUAAGGUGGGGAAAAUGCAAUACGUGACAGCCAUUAUUUCGGAAUGGCCGUUUUCAGCACUCCCGGUCGUCCUUGCCAUUAUUAUGCCAGAGAGUCCGGCUUACUUGGUGCGGAAGGGCAACAUCACUGGUGCAAUCAAGGCCCAGAAGCGUUUGGAUUCUCCGCAUAUGGACAGCUAUGCAAAGGUUGCAGAAUUAAAGCAGUCUGUAGAACACGAGGAAAAGAGGGCAUCUGGAAACGCAGCGACGUACCUGGACUGCUUUAAGGGUGUCGAUUUUCGACGCACUGGCCUUGCAAUUUUCGGCUCGGUACUUCCUCAGCUUUUUGGCCUUCCCGUUCUGGGAGACGGUCCAUAUUUCUUGCAGAAAGCUGGCAUGGAGGAUUCGACGAGUUUUAUCUUCCUGCUCACUGGAAUCCUUUGCGGGAUCAGCGGCACUAUUGUUAGCAUGUGGCUGCUCAGUUUCAUUGGAAGGCGAACCCUCGUUCUCAAUACCCUAUUGCCUUUGACGUGUCUGUGGGGAGUGAUGGGCAUUGGGGGGACUAUUCAGGCCGAUUUUGCGGCAUGGAUCGUAGGUGCCACGACAAACCUGGUACCGCUUGUGGCAGCCUUGGGUGUUUGGCCAGCAUCAUACGUUAUUACAGGUGAAUCCUCGUCCUUACGACUGAAAGCGAAAACUACCGGCGUUGCAUGGGCGGUGGGUGGAGUAUCGAAUUUGGUGUUUUCCAUGGGCACGCCAUAUAUAUACAACGAUGACGCUGGAAAUCUUGGGGCAAAGAUUGGGUAUAUAUGGGUUGGCAUUUGUGGAGCAACCUUUGUCCUCGCUUAUUUCGUUCUUCCCGAAACGCUGGGUCGAACAGCGCUGCAGCUUGAUCGGAUGUUCGACGAAAAAAUAUCUGCCCGGAAGUUCAGUCAGUGGACGGAAAGAGAGAAGCCUGUUGAGCAAGAAAGCCUCAGUCCGGGUCAUAAAUUUGGGCACGUCAAUUCCAACGACUCCGGUGACCUAGACAGUAUGGAGCUUGCAUGGAUGUCACCUAAUCCUCGGGAAUUCAGCUGA